CAAAGAAGAAGAAGUGGUGGCGCAACUACCUACCUAGCAAGAUCCUCGGGGUUAGUUCAUGACAGCUACCCUCACCAGAACCCUCGACUGAGCUUAUUUUACCCUACAGCCUGAGUCUCUGAUGACCUCGUUUAAACCUGGACUCCCCAUCCCACUAUGUUUGAGGAUCCUGACCUCCAAGAUCCGUUGUCGCUGAGUCUAAAUGAAAACUACAAUGAUCAGCAUUCCCAACAUCAUGAUUCAAGAAAAGCACAAGAAAGCCCCGAGUACAGCUGUGAGACUCCGGAGAUCCACGUAGUCAUCAAAGAGGAGGAGGAUGGCUGGACUGUGAGUGAAAAUCCAGAUGAGAGUUUCAGCUCAGACAGAGAGAAGGAGGAUACUACCACAGACACAUUUCAUCCCCAUCUCACUGACUCCGGCAAGGAAAGCUCUUUUUCACAUGAAGGACAGAGACAGCAGAGAGGAUGUUUGGUGGAGAAAUGUUCAGAGGAGCUGGGUGGUCCUGCUGUCUCUGGACAGAGCCCCUCUAUGAGAGAGGAGUGGCAGAGAGGCAGGCUUUUGGACAGUGAAGAGAAACCGAAGAUUUCUUUCGUGCGUAGAAAAGAUCCUGGAAAUGUGCAUCAGUGCAAUAACAGCGUACCAGAGAGCACCUCCAGUGGCACGGGGAACAUAAAGUCCCGUCAGCGUACACACGCAGGGGAUGAAUGUUGCAUGAAAGACCAGAGCAUGGACAUGACACAAAGCACAUCCAGGCCAACAGAAGCAGAACUGCACCUUACCAAACAACUAGCACCUUACCAAACAGAUUCUCCUGAAAAUAAGUCCCUGACGUCACAUGGACUCAAGAGGAUGUCAACAAACAUAGAGGAUCAAACUCUCCAUUUGACUGUCAGGCUGCAGGCAGGGGAGGAGGAGGAGGAGGUGGAGGAGGAGGAAGGGGAGGAAGAACAAGAUGAAGAAAUUGGUGGUUUAAUCAACUCAGAUGGAGAAGUGGUUGAAUGGGAUUCCAGAGACAGUCCUGAUCGAGGCUCGGAUUGCACAGAAAGUCCUCAGCCGAGCAAGUCUCAGAUGCAAAGCCAAAACCAGAGAGACAGCAGUAGUCCAACGCUCAUCAUGGAAGUUGUGUCUGUGGGGGAGGAUGAAGAGGGGGAAGAAGGGGAGGCAAAAGACAGAGUAGUAAAGAUGGCGUCUGUCUCGCCCUUAUAUCGUGGAAAGAGACAGAGGAGAGAGAAGACUGCUACAGAUAUAACAGAGAAAGAAGUUCCCACUGCUCCUGUUUCUGCUGUUUGUUCCCAACUCAAAGCAAAAAGACGAGGCAGACGGAGGAGUUCAGAAGUUCCCUUGUUGUCCGUGGAAGAAUUGGAGGCAGAGCCUGGAAUAUCGAGGCGUACCCGUGGGAAAAAAAAUGCCCCUAUCAUAGAGGAACCCGAGGAAUCUGACUCAAAAACUGUCCGUGGAGUUUCUGCAAAGCGACCAUACAGAAGAAAGAAAGAACCAAAACCAUCUGUUAAAGAAGAGGGAGAGAAAAGUGGACGCUCUGUGGUGAAGAAGCGCCCCGGCAGAAAGAUGGUUCAGUAUCCAGUUGAAAUACCUCCUGAGCUCCUGAAGACGCCCAAAGAGAAGCUAGAGUACCACUGCUCGGUUUGCAGCAAAGAGUUCCCCCACGCCUACAAACUGGAGCGGCACGAGCUGAUUCACACGGGAGAGAAACCGUACUGUUGUUCCAUCUGUGGUCGAGGGUUUAACCAGAAGGGAAAUCUCAAAACCCACUACAAAGUCCACUUAGGUCGCAAAGGAGCUUUGGAGUUUGAGGAUGAGGUGAACCCCACAGCGUCGGAACUCUCUGAAUACUUGAAGUCCUUACCCGGAGAGUCCAGGAUCAGACUGUCCCUCCGCUGUCUUGAAUGUGGAAAAGAGUGUGAGAGUCAAUCAGCUUUACAAGCACACCACAUCACCACGCACUCGGGAACAGCUCCUGAAUCAGACGCAGCCGCCGAGCAAACUGCUGAGCAGCUUCUCUUCUGUCGCCGCUGUGGCAUUCAGUUCAGUGACAAAGAAAAGCUGGAAGAACAUCUGAAGACCCACAUCAAGGAGAAGCGCUAUUCAUGUCCAGACUGUGGGAAGAGAUUCAUCAAUGAGAGCUACGUACAAGUCCACCAGCGCAUACAUACUGGGGAGAAACCAUUCCUCUGCUCCCAGUGUGGAAGAGGCUUCCACACGGCCUCUUCUCUCAAGCUGCACGAGAUGCAGCACUCCGGGGAGAGGCCGUUCGCUUGUGCCAUCUGCGGGAAGUCCUUCCGUAUAAACUCAUACCUAACAGCACAUUACCAGACUCACAUUAAAGACAGGCCUUUCAUCUGUAGUGUCUGUGGGAAAGGUUACUCCAGGGCAGAGGAACUGAAGGUGCACCACAGGUUGCACACUGGAGAGAGACCCUACGAGUGUGCAGAGUGUGGGAAGAGCUUCAUUUACCGCCAGGGUCUGCGGCAGCAUCAGCGCACACACGCCGGGAGACGCAUCGGGCCGACCAGACAGCUCGGGAGACCGAAGCAGGAGGCCAGGCUGGACAUCGUGGCGGUAGUGCGCCUUAAAGCUGGUUUGCCAGCCUUCAUUAAACCACAGAAGGUGUACAGAUCUGAUGCAGACCCAGCAGACAGACCCUAUCCAGACUGUAUAGAACAGACCUGCAGACCGAUGGCGGAGAUCCCGGCGGGAAAAGUUGCUAUUCCAGCUUUAGCAGUAACUGCAUACACAGCAAAGAAAUCCAAACACUUUAAGACCUUAGCAGCAAAACAAGAAGCUAAGAAAGCGUUAGACGACAAACGAUCUAAAACACGUGUGAACAUCGGGAGAGUGUUUGAUAAAUGGAGGGAGCUGAGGGAUCAUAUGGGUCUCAGGCUGGACUGCGAGCUGGCAGUUCUUCUCAUGGACAGAGAUGAUGACUCCUCUGAUGCUUGUGUUGAUGAGCAGGUUACCAGAGACAAUAAAGACAUGCGGUCACAGCGACUUGAUGCAAGCAGCCCACAGGUAGACGUCACUUUGUGCUCCAGUGACGAGACUGAAUCUGUCUCAUCUUUGGAGGAGGAGGGCAUGGAGGGAAUUGGUUGGGACAACGAAAGCGACAGCGAUUAUGAGCCCCCCUUUUAUGUUCGAAUUGGUGGAACUCUCCGUACCAAAGCUCGCUGUCCUAAAGCUGUCCGUACGAAUAAGAAACUUCCAGCUGUAGGUAUGGAGGACACAUCAGAUUCCUCAGGUGUGCUGGACACUCACACAGUCACGUCUAUGAUGCCUGAAACGCUUCAGGACGUUACCAUAUCUGAGUCCCCUGGACCAUUUCAUUAUCAGGAACACUUACAGCAGUGCUGUGCAGCAGAGCAGGCCUCUGAGCUUCAACUCACUUCAUCAAAGGAAAUGCCCUCGAGCGAGAUGUUCACGGAGGUGAAUCAUGAAGAGCACAGAGCUGUAACACUGGAGCAGGAUCAACAAACAUCUACAGGAGACUCUUCAGAAUGGCUUGAUCCUGAACACACCAGCUCCCACGAGCAACCUCAGGAGAAGUCGUCUGAGGAGCAGAAACAACACCAGUUGCCUCUAAGGCCCAAGAAGACUCUCAACUGUCCGACCUGUGGAAGAGCUUUCCCUUCCAGCGGGGCUCUGCGGCGACACCUCGUGAUCCACUCUGGGAAGAGACCUUACAAGUGCUUCAUAUGUGGGAGAGGAUUCACCCAGGGAGGAAACCUCAAAACACACAUGAAGACUCACAAAGGAGAGCUAUCAAAGUGGGCAUUGAUUCAAGAGAAGAGUCCCCCUAAAGAAUCUCCUCUAACAGUUCAUCUCUGCGGGGAGUGUGGGAUGGAAUUCCCUCAGAAAGAACAACUUGAGGAUCACCGACAGACUCACAUAAAGCCUUACUCAUGUCCUGACUGUGGCAAGACGUUCAAAAACGAGAGACUCACACUGGAGAGCGGCCACAUCUCUGCCCAGUUUGUGGUAAAAGCUACUCUAGAUCGUUUCCUCUCAAAGUUCACCUGCGAGUUCACACCGGAGAGAAACCCUUUCGAGAUGGGCUCUGAAAACCCGGAGGACCUCGGACCAGCUGUGAACCUUGCUGAGGAAGAUCCGCAAGAAAUCGGAGGCCUGAUCAACUCUGAUGGAGAAGAAGUGGAUUUCUCAGAUCUCAGAGAUGGAGGUAUCCCAGGCAUGCUUCCUGCAGAGCCUCCCUCAAAGACAUUUGUUCAAAGUGAGAAUGAAAAACCCCCGACCAUUCACAGCUGCUCAGUCUGCGGAAAGGACUUCCCCUAUGCCUCUAAACUCCAACGCCACCUACGCACUCACUCAGGAGAGAGGCCUUUCCCCUGCUCCAUGUGUGAGAAGAGAUUCCCUGAGAAGGGGCUGCUCAUGAUUCACGAAAGGGUCCAUACGGGGGAGAAGCCGUUCCCGUGCACUUUCUGUGAGAAGAGGUUUGCCAGUCAGGGGGAGCUCAGGCUGCACCGGCGGACGCACACCGGGGAGAGGCCGUACCACUGCUCUAUCUGUCUGAAGAGCUUCUCUCGACACUGGCAUCUGAAGACUCACUUGGAGGCGAUGCACUGCGAGGUGGUAGCAGGCUUUGUGAGGAAGAAGUUCCCGUGUUCGGACUGUGAAAAAAGCUGCAACUCAGCCGCUGAGCUGAGAGACCAUCAGAGGACUCACACUGGAGAGAGGCCCUACCAGUGCUCUUUCUGUGACAAAAGGUUCGCCUUGUCGGGAACACUCGUGAGGCAUGAGCGGCUCCACACGGGCAUCACGCCCUACCACUGCACCGACUGCGGGAAGACUUUUGCUCAGCAGUGGACCCUGACCACACACAUGCGGACUCACACGGGAGAAAAACCCUACAGCUGCACGCAGUGCGAUAAGUCUUUCGUCGCUCCAGGAGAGCUUCGGAGGCACACCAGGAUUCACACUGGAGAGAAGCCCUACACCUGUGCGGACUGUGGGAGGCAUUUCUCACUGGCAGGGACUCUGAGAAACCACAAACGAUCGUGUACGCAGAAUAAGAAUGUCUCUGUUACAGGGGUCCUCGCAGGUGAAGUGCAAGCUGAUGUUGGAGAAUCAUCCCAGCAGGACCACAGCAAUCCGAACAGCUCUGAGGUGUCUGACAGUCAGAGUUCGCCCUGUGUGGCUGAGCCUCAUUCCUCAGAGAGUCUUAACUGUGACCAAGAAGCUCAGAGUGAAGAUGACCUGAAAGAAGAAGAAGACCCUCCAGAUGCCCCUUCCAGUCCGCAUAUGAAUGUAAUAGUGAAGGAGGAGGAAGAGGAGGAACCUUUGUGUGUAGGGGACGCUCCUGAUCCGGUUUCUACGAGUCAAGAUCGCACCAUGGAGGAGGAAGAUGAAGAGCAGCAGGAGGAGGAGGAGAGCAACACAGACAUCAGGAUAACAGUGAAGGAGGAGGAAGAGGAACCUGUUAACAUGUCUCGGGACGUCGCCAAUCACGUCACUCAAAGUGAAAACGACUCUCCCUCUCCAUCCUCGCCGGAUCACAAAACGCUGAACAACAAUGUGAAAAAAAGCUCCUACUGCUGCGGGCUGUGUGGAAGAGACUGUCACAAGAUGUCCGCUCUUCAGAUCCACAUGAGGAUCCACUCGGGAGAGAAACCUUACCAAUGCACUGUGUGUGGGAAGCAGUUCACCCAGAAAGGUCAGCUCAAAGGCCACCAGAAAGUCCACACGGGAGAGAAACCGUUCUCCUGCCCCGACUGCGGGAAGAGCUUCGCCCACUCGGGGGCCAUGAACAGACACAGACUCACACACACGGGCGAGAGGCCGUACCACUGCUCUGUGUGCGACAGGAGCUUCAACCAGUCCGGACGCUUACGAGAACAUGAGAAAAUCCACUACGGUGAGAAGUUUGACUGUCCAGAGUGUGAAAAGAGUUUCACGCGAGCUUCAAGCCUCAAGAACCACUUCAGGCUGCACACAGGAGAGAGGCCGUACGGCUGCGACAUCUGCGGGAGAGGAUUCAGUCGCUCUCAGAGCCUGAGGCUCCAUAGACGAAAACACGACCUGAAUCAGACUGAGGAGGAGUCUGCCUUCAGUGGGAGGAACGAUGACUUAUCACAGAGCGACGAUAACUCUCCCAUUAAUAUGUGUAUAACGGAAAGAAACGAAUCAUAAUGUAUUUAUAUAAACCAUGAAGAUAUGUACCAGUAGUAGUAUUUCAAUACAAGUUUUAAGAUGGUAAAACCUUAAGGGAACAAAGGGACUACCUCUGUCAAUAAACCAGUUGACCUUAACAUGGUGGCUGACAAAAAAAGGGUUAAAAAGUGAAAAUAUUUAACUCCCAGAGGGUUAGAGAAAGUGAAUAAACAGACAGGAUGAAGGUGUGGUUCAGCAACUAACAACAAAGUCUCAGACAAAACGACCAAACAAAUUUGAACUACAAUCUCCACCUCUGUAAAAUCUUUGAAACUGUCUAGCUGAUUAAUUUUCAACAUCAUAUUUACUCUCAUUUAAGACUUCAUUAGUUGCCUCACACUCACGUCAGUAUUUAUGAUAGAUCAAAUGACUCUUUUAAGGCCUGUGAUUUCACUUUCCCAUCAGUAUUCCUCAUUUAAGCUAAUCGUGUGUGUGGAAAUCAAAUAUGUUUUUUAAUCAGAGCUCAUGACGGCCAAGGAGCAGUUCAUUAAUCAGGUCAAAGUGGAAUUCAUUGUUGGGACCGAAGUCAUGAAACAACGGGAACAUGAUAUUCAUCAGGUUGUUUUUGUUUUUGCCUAAACCAUUUUGCCUUAGUGGUGACAAGUUUGUGUGUCUUUCUCUGUUUUGUGUAGCAGUUUUUAUAUAACCAAAUCAUGAAUCAGGCUCGCCUGGUUUGUGUGACUCCUAAAGGUCAGAUUGUGAAUAAGGGAAACACUCUCCUGAGGCUGUGAUGCAAAAAGCAUUAAACGUAUGUAUGUAGGUGGUUAGUUUGGCCUAGCACUGCCUCUGUCUUAUUGUAUGGGACAUGUUAUACUGAACAAUAAAAGUGAAAGUACUAAAGAAUCA